AUGGAUAGCAUAAAUCGAUCCCCGUCUGUGAACUCAUUCACACCAGCCUUCUCCAAGAGCCACACGUAUCUGAAGGUUGGUUUCGUCUCAUACGACAGUGAUUUCAAUGAUGCGUUGUUUAUCUUGAGAUCCCGGAAUAUGGAUGCUCGAACAGACACGUCGUCGGGCCGCUUUGGAGGGCAAUGGGCUUUUCUUUCCACUCCUCCACGUCCUGGAUCAAGGUCUCUCCCGCCCUCUUCGAGCUACCUACGAAGUGACCGAAGCAAUGUCUCUCCUCUACCGACCGGCCUGCACUUCCACCAGCUCAAUGCAUCUCGCUCAAGCCUAACCAGGCACAUCCCAACCCCGUCGAUUGGGGGUCGCAGUUCGACUACAACUAUCCCUUCACCACCCCUCCUCGUGCGUGUCCAUUCCAACGAUGCUUCGCUCCAGAUCCAUCCCCCACGGCCGAGGUCAAAACAGGGCAUUAUGAAUAACGAGUUGCCCCCUGCUCACGAGUUCAGCUUUCGGGGGAUCAUGGCGGCCAUUGAAGAGGACAUUGAAGAGGACAUUAAUGCAAUAUCUGAGAUAUUUGGGAGGAGCAGGCUAGUGCUGGCAGAUCAGCAUGAGAGCCACUUGCCUCCCCAGGGCGAGAUCAGGGCAAUGAGCAGUCCUUUACAGGCCGUGGCCGAGGCGAGCGCAAGCAACGAACGCCUGGCUGCCGCCGCCGACGAUGUCAUUAUCGUCCGAGAAGAUGCAAGUCUCAUCGAGGGAAGUCACACUGGCUCCGCCGCAUACGGCUUGCUUGAGAGGCUACAAGCUGUCCCGCGCACGAGGCGCAUGCGGAGCGAAACCCCGGGAGCAGGUCCCUCAAGGCCGGGAACAGGCUCGAUUCGUCAUACUUCGGCACCGGCGAUUCUAUCGGAGGUGGCACCAGUCAUUGAAGACCAUGGGCGGCUCGCGCACCCUGAGCUAUCACGCGCGUCGCGCCGUUUGCUUCAGAGCUCUGCCGCGGAACACGAAGUCGAAGAAAUGCCUUCCAGGGCGACGAAUGCGGUUGUAUCAGAGACAUACCUGUCUGCUGGAGCGAAUGCAGUUACCGUCUCUGAUCCGCCCGUAGUUUCAGAAGGAGGCCGCCACUAUCCACUCUACAGUUUUGACGACAGUGGGCUUUUCGAGGGGCCUGCUACUCCCUGUCCACCUCCGCCCACCAGCCUCCUGGAAAGAUUACAAUUCUUGAUUCCUAGAAUGGAGUUACACAGUUUCGUCCCUUGGGUUCAUGGGCAACCCAACCGGGCGGUAAGCGCAGAGUCCCAACUUCGAGACAUCCUCGACAGGAACCAACGCGCACGGGACUCACGAAGAAAUCCGGUCGUUGCCACAGAGAGCCCGGAACUUUACGAAUAG